AUGCAGUUAUACAAUGUCUUCGAGUUUGCCAUAGUGCGCGACCAGCUCAUCGCCAACACGGUGCUGGUAGCCGUGAGCACCGUGGCGAUCGUGCUGCGAUUCGUGUCUCGGCGGAUCCGGCACAGCAAGAUCUGGUGGGACGAUAUCUGUAUUAUUGGCUCUAUGCUCAACACCUAUGGCAUGCUUGCGAUGCACUUUCAUUAUGCGCGCAUUGGCAUGCGCCGUCACAUCACCGAACUGCCCGUUGAAAACACCAUUUUGAUCUUCAAAAUGCUCAUUGUCUACCAGAUCAUCUACUACAACUGCAUGGUCUUGGCUAAAUUUUCCUACCUCUUCUUCUACCUUCGCAUUUUCGUCACCCCUGGAUUUCGCAUCGCCGCGCAGGUGUGCAUGGGCUGUGCUGCGGCCUACUGGCUAGGCAGCAUGCUCCAGAUUUUCCUCAUUUGCCAGCCCUUCGAGAAAAACUGGAAUUCCACCCUACCCGGCCACUGCGCGAGCAUGAAUGUGGCGUUCUCGACCAUCGGCGCCUUCAACCUGGUCACUGAUUUAGCGAUCAUGGCCCUCCCAGUACAUCAUAUCUGGAAACUGCAGACCUCGACAGCCACAAAGCUUGCAUUGUAUGGCAUCUUCGGACUUGGGCUAUUCAUCUCGGCCAUCACGAUCAUCCGCAUCCGCGUCCUCACCACCGUCAACUUCGCCGACCUCCCCUACAGCAUGAUCUGGGCCGCCUUCUGGAGUGUGGCCGAGCCAGCCCUCGCCAUUCUCAAUGCCUGUGUGCCCAUGAUGCGCCCCGUCUUCAAAGCCGCCUUUCCCGGCCUUUUCUCGUCAGCCAAAGCAGCCUAUUCGUCGCAGACCGGGGCGCAGUCAGGGGCUUCGGCGGGCGCAUUCCGGCGCAUGCGCGACAUAGAGAGCGAACUCCCCUUGACCCAUCUGGAGCCGUCCAAAAGCAGCGGCCGAGGCCAAGACUAUGAGGUCUCCUUGAACGACCGGUCGCACGAUGAGGUGGAGUCGGAGCGCGCGGUCGGGCAUCCGUAA